AUGAGCGCUUCGAGGUUCAUAAAGUGCGUCACCGUUGGCGACGGAGCUGUCGGUAAAACCUGUCUGCUGAUUUCAUACACCAGCAACACUUUCCCUACGGAUUAUGUACCGACUGUUUUCGAUAACUUCAGCGCGAAUGUGGUUGUUAACGGGGCAACGGUGAACCUAGGAUUGUGGGAUACCGCAGGGCAGGAGGAUUAUAACAGAUUAAGACCGUUGAGUUACCGCGGUGCUGACGUUUUCAUCUUAGCCUUUUCUCUCAUCAGUAAGGCGAGUUAUGAGAAUGUGUCCAAGAAGUGGAUUCCUGAGCUGAAGCACUAUGCACCUGGUGUCCCUAUAGUUCUUGUUGGAACUAAACUAGAUCUUCGGGAUGACAAACAGUUCUUCAUUGACCACCCUGGUGCUGUACCUAUCACAACUGCUCAGGGAGAGGAACUGAGGAAGCUAAUUGGAUCCCCUGCAUACAUCGAGUGCAGUUCAAAAUCACAGGAGAACGUAAAGGCGGUGUUUGAUGCAGCGAUCAGAGUGGUUCUUCAACCUCCAAAGCAGAAGAAAAAGAAGAGCAAAGCACAAAAGGCUUGCUCCAUAUUGUAA